ACGGAAUGUUCCCUCUCUGGAGUGCCAGUCUUGCUUGCUGUUUAGAAAGAUGAAGUUCCAGAGGAGAGAUCUUUAGGGUCGUUAUCUGUUUUCUGUGCCAGUCAGAAGAAGCGCAGAGACAAAUGAAACGGGUGAAAUGGAAAAGAAGCAGCUCUCUGUAGAUGAUGACCUGUUACCUAUUUAUUAUGUUCACUCUGGGGUAGAAGAUAAAACAUUUUCUAGAGUGUGUCAGGGACAUGAAGCCUCUGUACCAUCUCCGCACUUUAACCAUUUUCCAUCAUUUAAUGAGAACUGUUUGCCCCCAGGUCCAUCUAGGACUGAGAGGUCUGUGCUAAAUAACUAUGAUUAUGAAGGGCAAAAGGAAGUCAACAGUGUUGGUUUCACUCCAGGUACGAAUGUUGAGGACUGUUGUGCAAGCAAUGCCUAUUCCAAAGUUCCGAUGGUCUCCGAUUUUCACCAAUCUCAUAAAGCCACCAAUAUGAGGACCCAGGUCAGUAGCACAUCAAAGUGCACCACUGCUCAGGACGUUUUCUUAGCCAGCUUACUUCAGGUUCAGCUUUGUGUCAUGGAUCUCCAAGAUCAGAUUGAAAUGACAGAGACCAAUCACAAAGCCAGGGACAUUGGACUUAAGAUGAGCACACCUAUGGGGCAAAAGAUGAGCCUACCUUCUGUCCUGGAGCCUGAAAUAAGACCCACUUGCAUUGAGGACGUUGUACGGAAUCCGGAACCUCCAUGUGUGGAUGAGGACCAAGAGAGCGAUGAUACUGCUUACUCUGAAUUGGAAGUAGAAGAGCGCUUGUUUUGCGAUAACCCUUUAUUUAAGAACUCGAAAGGGCCGCGUAAUGUGGAUUAUAAUGUACAGACUUCCAUCACUGAACUGACCAGCCAACAUAAACCAGCUCCCAUGGACAGGAUAGUAAAUGAGGGAAGCCAGCUGCUAAAACAGAACGCAUGGGAUAGUAAAGACAUGGGUACUGGAACGGUUGUAUGGCAUCGAAUAAUACGGGAGGAGUCUCUGGAGGAGCUCCAGAUAUAUGAAGAUGAGUGGGAGGAGAAGAGGUCCAUGCUCUGCAAUACAGGGACCUCUGGAUGGCCUGUUUCUAACAACUUGCCUGGUACCCAAACGAAUCCCCUGUGCCUGACAGACCCUCCAGCUCAAAUAGCCGUGGUCAGCUCUCUCCCUAAUAUACCAGUAACCUCUCCUUGCAAAGAAGAGCCUGGGGAGGAAGCAGGUUUGCUGUUUUCUGAUUCAAGCUACUGGACAAAAUAUUUAAUACCAGACGAGCAACCUGAGCACCAAGUUCCAACCCCAUCAACUUCCUAUAACCAAGAAUCCACUCCACCACCUCGAGAGGAGCCCAGAGAGAAGAUCCUGCUCAACCUAUGCCAGGGUGAAGGCAAUACACCAUAUCAGGAGAUACCUAGAGAAGAGAAACCACUUGAUCCGUUCCAGGGUGAAGGCACUCUACCACCUCAGAAAGAGCCCAAAGAAGAUAUCCUGCUUGACCCAUUCCAGGGUGAAGGCACUCUACCGCCUCAGAAAGAGCCCAAAGAAGAUAUCCUGCUUGACCCAUUCCAGGGUGAAGGCACUCUACCACCUCGGAAAGAGCCCAAAGAAGAUAUCCUGCUUGACCAAUUCCAGGGUGAAGGCGCUCUACCACCUCGGGAGUUGCCCAGAGGAGAGAUCCUGCUUGACCUAUGCCAGGGUGAAGGCACUCCACCACCUCGGGAGUUGCCCAGAGGAGAGAUCCUGCUUGACCUAUGCCAGGGUGAAGGCACUCAUCCUAUGUGCCAGGGUUGUCAGGGCAAGGAACAUGGAAGCAAAGUAUUACCAUCGGAGAGUGCAAGUGAGGCAUUACCAUGUAAACAGCAACAAGAUACUCCUGCGAUCAUCAUAGAGCAAUUAGAUGACGUGUCCACAGAUUUAGAGACUUCUGGUUCUGAGGAAGUGACCUAUGUAGAAGCUGUGGCCAACGCUCAGGAUGUGGAGGCAGCUCGGUGUUUGGCAAUGAAGCUCUUCCACCUUGAUGGCUUUGACAGAUCUCAGGUUGCUCCUUAUCUUCAGAAAAACAAUGAUUUUAGUGCCAUGGUGGCUGAGGAGUACCUUGCCCUCUUUGACUUCAAUGGGAAAAGCCUGGCUAUAGCUCUCAGAUCUUUGCUGCAAGAACUGGUAUUGACUGGGGAGACUCAGGAACGAGAGCGAGUGCUGUACCAUUUCUCCAAACGCUUCCAUAGCUGCAACCCCAAGGAGUACGGCUCUGCUGAUGCUGUUCAUACUCUUACCUGCGCCCUCAUGCUGCUUAAUUCAGAUCUACAUGGCCAGAACAUUGGGAAGAGCAUGACAGCACAAGAAUUCAUCAAUAACCUUGAGGGCAUGAAUGACGAUGGUAAUUUUACACGGGAGCUCCUGAAGAGUCUGUACCACUCCAUCCGGACAGAGAAGCUGGAAUGGGCCAUGAGUGAAGAGAAACUAGCGAACGUCCUCAUUGCAAGGCCAGAUAAUCUUUUGUCUGUUCGGAAGAAGAGUAAUCCUUUUGUGGAUCUUCCAGCACCAGACCCGCAGGCCCCGGUCUACAAACAGGGAAUGCUCUGCCGCAAAGUACAUGCAGACAUCGAUGGCAAAAAGACUCCAUGGGGAAAGAGACGCUGGAAGUCCUUCCACACUGCGCUGAAAGGGAUGCUGCUCUUCUUUCUAAAGGAUGAAUACCGGGCCGACUUCCAGUUUCCCGAGGAGGUGAUCAGCAUCCAUCAUGCUCUAGCUGAGAGAGCCAGUGACUACACCAAGAAACCCAACGUUUUCCGUCUACAGACUGCUGAUUGGCGGGUAUUCCUCUUCCAGGCUCAGACAUCAGAAGAGAUGAAUUCCUGGAUUUCCCGGAUUAAUUUAGUAGCGGCCAUGUUUUCUUCACCACCUUUUCCGGCAGCUGUGGGCUCUCAGAGGAGGUUUUAUCGACCCAUUCUCCCCUUAGCCCAGUCGAAGCUUGAUCUGGAAGAGCAACUUCAGUCCCACGAGACUCUAAUGGACAAAUUUACAGAUGAUCUGACUGAGCAUCAGCGAAAUCUUCCAGACCCGAAGAGUAAGAGUCGAGAGUCAGAGGACUACCAUUUGAGGGAAGAGUAUUUACGAUAUGAGAAAAUGAGGUACGAAACGUACGUGAAGCUCCUGGCUAUACGGUUAGAAAGCGGCUGUGAGGACCUCCUGGCUUUCGAGUCUCGGCUUACAGAACCUGACGGGGGUCAAGGGGAGACAACCGGAUUGAAGAGGUCCUACUCAAGUCCUUCUCUUAUCCCAGAGAGCUCUCCCGUGGUGGUGAAAGUGAAGCGCAACAUCUCAGAACGGCGCACGUACAGGAGGAUUAUCCCGAAACGCAACAAAAAUCUUGUGUGAAGAGAAGACUUCUGCUACCGGGCAGAACUCCUGAGCACUUUUUUCAUGGUACUUCCUGGGUGCAGUGUCAUCUGGACCAUCAGGUGCCUUAUUUGUCUUGCUUGCGCUGGACCUGGCAGAGACCACCAAAGCACUAUAUAUGGAUGGUCUCUCCUUAUAUCAAAGGGAUUCAUAAUUCCUUAAAUACAUGAACAGAACCCUAUGGGAUUCUGAACCUAUGCUCAUGGUUUUAAAUAAGGAACAAUGUUCCUUGGUUACUUAGAAAGUAUGGAGUCUGAAUAAGGUU